UAUAUAAAAUAUAUAUAGACUUAUACACUAUUUUGUAUAUACAAUUUUUCCAUCUUAGAUUGAGAAAAUAGGGAGAGGGUGGUGAGGGAGAGAAAAAAGAUUGUUAAAUUUUCUUUAGCGGGUCACGAAGGCACCAGCCUUCGAGUCUGCUCUUUACAGGCAUUGAUCUGAAGGCUGGUACCAGAAUUUGGGAAUUGCCCUCUUGAUCUCAAGGACUUUUUCUCUCCCCUCUAUUUAAUUCAAUAAUUUCCAAUAAUCUCGAGUUCUCGAGAUUAAGAAGGGGAAAAAAGCAUACAAUUUGGAGGAGAAUUUGGGGGGAAAAAAGAAAGGAAAAACUAAUAGCUUUGCAUUGGUUAGUUUUUAAUUAUGAGUGCUGUUUCGGGUUUGAUCUCAAGACAAGUACUGCCAGCAUGCGGUGGUCUUUGUUUCUUUUGCCCUGCAAUGCGAGCAAGGUCGAGACAGCCUAUUAAAAGGUACAAGAAGUUGAUCUCCGGCAUAUUUACUCGGUCCCAGGAUGGAGAACCAAAUGAUCGGAUGAUUGGGAAACUAUGUGAAUAUGCUACAAAAAAUCCUUUGCGCAUUCCUAAGAUAACUAGCUCCCUUGAGCAACGGUGUUACAAGGAGUUAAGAAGCAAGAAUGUCGAAUCAGCAAAAAUUGUUAUCUACAUUUACAGAAAAUUGUUAGUUUCUUGCAAGGAGCAAAUAUCGUUGUUUGCAAAUAGUCUACUAAGCAUUAUGCACACCCUGCUGGAUCAGACAGACCAGGAUGAAAUGCUAAUUAUUGGAAGCCACUCUCUCUUUGACUUCAUAAACAAUCAGAUUGUUUCAGUAGUCCUUGAAAAUUAUGGAGGAAUAGAUAAGGAGUCCAAUGAUCCAAAUGAAAGCCACUGGGUCCAAGAAGUUUUUAAAUUUGAGGGUCAUGCCUCCCCUUCACCUGAAGUUGCAACAAAGGUUCCUUCUUGGAGGAUGAUUGUAAAUGAGAAAGGAGAACAUAAUAUGACAGCGAAUCCAUGCUUUUGGUCUAGAGUAUGCCUUCACAACAUGGCCAAGCUGGGGAAGGAGGCUACAACAAUGCGCCGCAUUUUGGAUUCUUUGUUCCGCUAUUUUGAUAAUACAAAUCAAUGGCCUGCUGAUCAUGGCAUCGCUCUUCCUGUCCUGAAAGACAUGCAGCUUUUAAUGGAUGAUUUAGGGCACAAUACACACUCUUUGCUGUCAAUACUGGUCAAGCAUCUCGAUCAUAAAAAUGUACUGAAGCAACCUGAAAUGCAGCUUGAUAUUGUUUCAGGUGCUACUUCCCUUAUUCGACUUGCAAAGGUUCAGUCAUCAUUAGCUAUCGUGACUGCCAUGAGUGAUGUUAUGAGGCAUAUGCGGAAAAGUAUACAAUAUUCACUUGAUGAUGCAAAUCUUGGCAUUGAAUCAAUCAAAUGGAACAGAGUGUUCUAUGAAGCAUUGGAUGACUGUCUCACGGAGUUAUCAUAUAAGGUUGGAGAUGCGAGCCCAAUCCUUGAUGUAAUGGCUGUGAUGUUGGAGAACAUCUCAAGCAUUACAGUCAUAGCCAGAAGUACUGUUUUUGCUGUUUAUCGUACUGCUCAAAUUGUAGCUUCUAUUCCAAAUUUAUCCUAUCAUAACAAGGCUUUUCCGGAGGCUUUAUUUCAUCAAUUACUUCCAGCUAUGGUCCACCCAGAUCACGAAACACGAGUUGUAGCUCACCGUAUCUUCUCUGUUGUCCUUGUGCCAUCUUCUAUUUGCCCUCAACCAAGCUCAGCUGCACCCGAGUUGAAGACUAUAGAGUUUCCAAGAACACUCUCAAGAACUGUUUCUGUGUUUUCUUCAUCGGCUGCUCUUUUUGAAAAGCUGAAGAACCAAAGGAAUUCUUCAAGGGAGAAUCUCAAUGAAUUAAACAACCAAAAAUCUGUAGAUGAAGAGGAACAGCUAAACAAUAACAGUGGAAUGUUAAACAGAAUUAAGUCAACUUUUAGUCAAGUAAAUAGCUUCAGAAAUUCACCAGCAUCAGAUGUAGAUUCUGUAACCAAGUCAAGUAAAGACAUGGAUGCCAUUCCUCUUAGGUUGAGCAGCCACCAUAUAACCCUCCUGCUUUCAUCUAUUUGGGCACAGUCCAUCUCUCCUGCAAACAUGCCAGAAAACUAUGAAGCUGUUGCUCACACGUACAGCUUGGUUUUGCUCUUCUCUCGAGCUAAGAACUCCCAACGCGAUGCUCUAAUCCAAUGUUUUCAGCUGGCAUUUUCUUUACAGAGUGUUUCUCUUGCAGAAAGAGGACCACUGCCACCGUCACGUCGAAGAUCCCUUUAUGUACUAUCAGCUUCUAUGAUUAUCUUUGCAUCAAAGGCAUACAGCAUUCCAAUUGUCCCGUGUGUAAAGGCUAUGCUUUCCGAUAAAAUGGUUGAUCCGUUUUUGUCUUUAGUCAAAGACUGCAAGUUGCAGACUGUUAAUGCAGGAUCUGAUCAUGCAAAAACUAUGUAUGGAUCCAAAGAAGACGAUAAUUCUGCUCUGAAAUGUCUUUCAGAAAUGAAACUCACUGAGGACCCGACUCAGGAAUCCUUAGUUUCUGUUAUAGUGAAGAAUUUGGAUAAUUUAUCUGAUUUCGAAGAAUCCACAAUACAGGAUCAGUUGCUCAAGGAAUUUAAACCUGAUGAUGUUUGUCCGAUGGGAGCACGGUUGUUCACAGAUACUCCGAAUAGAGUGCAUCAGCUGAACUCAAAUAAACAUAAAUCUGUAGAAAAGGCUGCUUCUAUUAUUGGAAUAGACUAUUAUUUUCCAGAUUCAGUUGGAAGCAGUUUUGCACACGAUCCAAAUUUGGCCAAUGAAAUUCCACACUUUUUGAGUGUUGAUCAACUUCUCGAAUCUGUCUUGGAGACUGCACAAGAAGUUGGGAGACUUUCUGUAUGCACUGGACCUGAUGCAUCUUAUAAUGAAAUGGCAAAUCACUGCGAGUCACUUUUGAUGGGAAAGCAGCAGAAAAUGUCUCUAAUAAAUCGACAUAGUCGAGGAAGUCUUUCGAGUAUAUCCUCAAAGAAUUCCGAUGAAGCCGAUAAACAGACGGUUUCACAUGUCCUUGCUGAUUUGGGUUUCCAAAAGCAGGACAGGAGACCAAUCCUGGAAGUAUCCAAAAUUCCUCGUCAACCAUCAAUUGGCGAGGUUUCCAUGUUACGUGCAGCUGAAUAUAAGCAUCAUCCACAACCCUUUAUGCUUCCAGCAUCAAGUCCAUACGAUAAUUUUCUAAAAGCUGCUGGAUGUUGAAACGAUUGAAGAGAUUCGUAAAUUCUCCAGUGCUCCCAUUCUGCAAGCAGAUUCGGCUUCUGACAUUAGGAAGAUAAGCCAUACAAAAUUUGGUAUAGGAAAAGUCAGUGCUAUGAUCAGGAUUGACAGUGUGUGAAUUUUUAUGUAUGCAUCAGGGCAUAUUCCAGUUGUUCUUGCUGAAUUUCAGCAAGAUUGAAGGUUUUUCAUCAGAGUUUAGCCUCACUGAUGUAGACAAGUAGUUCCAGUCAUUCGUUCUCAUCAAUGUUUCACUUUCAUCAUGUUGGAAAUGUACAUGUACUUGUUCUCCCAUUGUAUUUGUCAGUAAAGUGUACUGAAGGUGUUUUUUUGUGAAAAUGAAAAAUCACAUAAAGAACUUGCAUCUUA